UUGGGAUGGUGAGUGAGAAUGAGGAGGAGAAACCCCAGCAGGAAGAUGCUGACCAGAUAGAACCACAUGAGACAUUAUCAGGAAGAUCCAAAGGGAAUGUUUCCUUGAGUUGUGCACUCCCAGAAAAAGCAAAAGCCUGUGAGACUCAGCAGAGGCCAGAGGAAAAUUUGAGGGGCCACUCAGACCUUAGAAGAGAGAGACCCUACACAUGUUCUGAGUGCGGGAAUAGCUUCAAUCAGAACUAUACUCUUAUCAGACAUUGGAGAAUGCACACUGGAAAGAAACCCUACACGUGCUCUGAGUGUGGGAAAAGCUUCAAUCAGAGCUCAAACCUUAUCAGACAUAGAAAAAUCCACACAGGUGAGAAACUUUAUGGAUGCUUGGAGUGUGGGAAAUGCUUCAGUCAUACUUCAGCCCUCAUCUCACAUCAGAAAAUCCACUCAGGAGAGACACCCUACAUAUGCUCUGAGUGUGGGAAAAGCUUCAAUAAUAGCUCUGACCUGAUCACACAUCGUAGAAUCCGCACAGGAGAAAAACCCUACGCGUGCUCUGAGUGUGGCAAAAGCUUCAGUCUGAGCUCAAUCCUUACUAGACAUCAGAAAAUCCACGUGAGAGAGAACUGUAACAAAUGCCUUGACUAG